CUGUGCCUUUCAUUGGUCGGCUGUGCGCACUAGCGUAGAUCCUAAAAUCUCAUUGGUUGGACAUACGGAAGACUUUCUGGGUGGAUUUGAAUGUAGUUUUCUCCAGUUACGUAACAUUACCUACAAGCACACAAUAAACUACAUCUCCCAGCUAGUACCUGAACGUACAACGCUUUCUGUCAAAUACAGAAGGUCGCGCAUGCUGUGGACCGCGAGAGCUUCUUUGAAAGGGAUAUAAAUAUUUUGAUGGAAAUAGACAUAUUUAACAGCAAUCGCGCAGAAAUGUUGCUUCCAGUUCACUGAGGAAUUCCAAAAAAAUAGACUAACAGGACCUGUCUGCGUCUUUUUCAGCUAGCUUAUAAACACACUUACUUGCCGUUAUGUUUAGGACACUCGCUAAGCUUCAUAGUCACUUUGGAAAUGCCUUUUACCUUCGCAAAGUGUGCCCAAUCUAUCGGCGCUGCAGGUUUGCUUCAAAAUACUCCACAACUACAACAGAGCGAAAAAGAUUUUAUCAGGAUGUCAGCAUAUCCCAAGGAGAAGGUGGUAUGUUCGAGGUCAACCUAGACCAAAGAAAACUGAAAACCCCAGGAGGGAAACUUUUCACAGUACCAAAUGAAGCCAUGGCCAUCGCCGUGGCAACUGAGUGGGAUGCUCAAAGGGACACACUCAAGUUCUACACAAUGCACCUGACCACACUGUGCAACACAGCUCUCGAUAACCCUACUCAGCGUAACAAAGACCAAAUGAUCAAUGCUGCUCUCAAGUUCCUGGAGACUGACACUGUCUGUUACAGAGUAGAGGAGCCUCUUGCCUUGGUCGAGCUGCAGAAGAAUGAGUGGGAUCCUGUGCUGCAUUGGAUAGAAAACCGGUAUGAUGUCACCAUUGGCUCCUCAUACAAUAUUUUAGGUCCUGAGAUCCCAGAUGCAACGAAAGACACAUUCCGGCAACACUUGAAUUCCUACAACUUCUGGUCUUUGACAGGGCUUGAGUAUGUGAUUACACAGCUGAAGUCCAUUGUGCUGUCACUGGGCGUGAUUGACCGACAUCUGAGUGUGCAAGAGGCUGUGCUACUCUCCAGACUGGAGGAGGAAUAUCAGAUUCGACGCUGGGGAAGUGUGGAGUGGGCCCAUGAUUACGAUAUGUAUGAGCUGAGGGCACGGACUGCUGCUGGAGCUCUUUUUGUUCACCUCUCAUCAGAGAGUUCAACUGUGAAGCGCAAACUUCUGCAAGACUGAGCGUGACAAUGGAAUAAAAUCUGCUGAAAUUUAAAGCUGAAAAAAGCUUGGAGCAUAUUUGUUUUACCUUUUUUAUCCUAUGCUUCUUUAUUUAUGCAGACAAAAACACAAGUCCUGUUUGUUUAACUUAUUAGUGACAGGUGUUCUGCCUCUGUUCGGUGAAAGAAUCAUCUCACUCCAGCACUACGUAUUAUUGGCUAUGUUUAUGUGUGUCAGUUGCCAAGUGUGACACUCCUUCCUGGGUUUCCAGUUGGUUCUCAUACAGCCAUGAAAUUUCAGACUGGAAAUUGUUUUGACAGAAUGAUGAUAAAUUUGUCUGUCUGUUUGGUGGAGUAAUAUUUACACCAAGCCAGCUUUCUUUCAGUAUUUGUGUACUAAAAAGUGGAUAUGGCAUAUUAACAAACUGUUCACCCAUUGCACCGCGUGGUAUUUAGUAAAAGUAUGGUUCAAGUGUAAGGUAUUUACCUGGAGUAGGUAAAAAUAAUUCAUUAAAAAUAUUUCCUGGAAAUUAGAUUAUUGUUAUCUGUUAUGUGUACUUUAAUAUUUUAAUAGCUAACACUGGUCAUCUGAAUCAAUAAAAUGUUGUACUGAAUAAGACUUCAGAAGCCUGUCA